UCUAUAUAAAAGAACGAGAUGACGGAAUAUAGCGCGAGUAUCGUUUUAGCAGGGGAAUCCCGAAAAAUACGUGUCAACGAUACUUCCAAAGUCAAGUCCUAACAAAGAGCAAGUGCGCGGAUCAAUUGGAAAAAUGAUUCUUUCGCCGAGCGUGUCGAUCGUAACGUACUUAUUGCCCUUAUUGCUAUUUUAUGGGCAACAAGCUUCCGUGACGGAAAGCGUAACAAUAUCGAAGACUUGCUUCGGAUGUAUAUGCGAGGCUGCCUCGGGUUGUAACGUUACAAUUGGCUGCGAAGGGUCCGUGUGCGGACCGUUCCGCAUAACAUGGAACUAUUGGGCUGAUGCGGGUAAACCGAAACUCAAAGGGUCCUCCGACGAAGACGCAUACCAGAAAUGCGUCAACGAUCCAUUCUGCGGAGCUGACACCGUACAAGGCUACAUGGAUAAAUUUGCUCAAGAUUGUAAUGGAGAUGGAAAUAUCGAUUGCGACGACUUCCUUCGAAUUCAUCGAUUAGGUGGUUACGGAUGCAGCGCGCCUCUGAAUGCUAAAUACGAAAAUGCAUACAAACUUUGCAUGAAAACGUAUAACGUGUAAUCGACGAAAUCCAACCGACUUACGCAUUAAGAAACAUUAUUUUAUACACUUUUAUUCCAUAAAAAAUUAACUAACUCGAUAAAGUACCAACUAACAUUUGAUAUUCGAUUUAAAACAAUAGUCGUAAAUGCAAGUGUUUGCAUAUUAUAUACCUUAAUCGUUUCAAAAUUUAAUUUUCGUUCCAUGCGAAACUAUUAUUUUGUCCACUAAUUCGGCUCUCCUUUUCAAAGUUACUUCUUUUUCGUUUAACGUACCAGACGAAUCUAUAUUUUUUAUUAAAAAAUAUUGUAUGAAUAAACGAAGACUUUCUCUAAACGUUUGCAGUUGUGGAGAAAUGGAUAUUCUUUCAAAGGUUUGCAAACAAACUUGCUCGUUUUUAUGUAAAAGAAUACCUAGUAUAAUUUCUCUGAGAAGUUUCAUGGUGUAUCUAUCUAGUUCUGUAAAUUGAAUAACCUGUAAUAAAAUUCGAUUAUCAGACUUAUCGCGCACUUAAUAAUGUUAUAUACGUUGCAUGAUAGAAAGUACAAUAUUUACUUUUAAAACUGACAAAGCGAGGCAUUUUUCGGUGAAUAAGUAUGUUAAAAAUCGAGCUAGAUUGCUCAAUUGCUUUCUUCCGUGUGUAUUCAAAGACUUCAAUUUAUCCCACAACGCAUAUUGCAAUGUAAGCUGAAAUGUUAUUGGUAACUUAAAUCUCGAUAUACACGAUUGCGUGUGUCUGUUUAUAAAAUCGUGAAGCUAUACCUGAUACUUUCGAUUAUAUUCGCAGAAUUUUUGAGCUAAUACGGCAUAGUAAGGAUUAAACUUGUUUUCUUGCAAGCAACAAUGUAUUAAAACAUGUAUGAUUUCAUCUUCCUGUUGGUCCUUCAAACCUAGGUGAUGAAGAUUUUCAAAAGCGUCUACGUAAUCUUCGGCUGUCAUGAGAAUGCAAAAGAUAUUUCUUCUUGUAUCGGUGUUCAUUCGUUGCUUCUCCGCUAGCUCAAGUAUUUUUUUACCGAAACGAAAUUUAUUUUCCUGUUUCACCUUGUCUUGAUUACUCGUCAUGUUCGAUCCAACCCAAGCAGAACCAACGAUCCACCAUUUUCCAUUUUCAUCGGCUGUACAAGAACCAACGAAGUAUAGAUUUUCUUAUUUUCUUUUCUUAUACGUUAUAGUCGAUCCAGAUACGAAUAAAUCAUGUUUACCGUGUAAUAAGUCCUCCAAGGAAACAUUGAAUUGCGUUAUAGUAUUUCCUUUGCGUAUUACAUUUUUUAUAACUUUCUUCAAAUGCUCCACAUGCGAAGGAUCGUAUUGUGGUAUUUUACUAAUAUUAUUAUUCUUUAUUGCUAACAAAACAUCCAACAGAAAUCUAAAUCUUGAGCUGCAUAGUAACAACAUGUUUUAAAUUAAACAUUUAUACAAAUUUUAACUCUUCUUCAGAAUUUAAGACUUACCUCUGCUCGUUUUUAUGACUAGCUAUUUUUUGUAAAUUUUGUAUAAAUUCUUUUAAAGCAAUUGGAUCAUCUUUUCGUAGUACAAAACCUACUGUUCUCAAAAUAAGCAAUAUCAAAUCAAUUUCUUUCUCUGUAAAUUUAGUUGUAAGUCUAUCGAGUAUCUGAUAAAGAAGUUUAUAUCCGUAUACCUGCAUUAAAUUUGAAGAAAAAAAUAUUUACUUACAUUUAUCCGUACGUAAAAGAAGGGGGAGUAUUCUGAAUAUAAAAUUUUAGCUUUGUGUCUGCAGACACAACCGAUACAGUAAUCCAAAGAAUUUCAGUGAUCAAAAUUAAAAAUGUAAUAAAAAGAAUAUUAUAUAUACAUAUAUAUAAUUGCUCAAAGUUAGAAUCUUAUAUUGAGAAUCCUCCCUCUAAUGGUUGGGUUGUACUGUA